CCUCUUAAUUUAGUUGCUCAUCUUCUUCAUUCUUAAGCAAAUGCCGGGAAAGUGAUCCUUUUUCGGCCUGAAACCCUAGCAUAUCUUCCCUUCUGGAGAAUCGAGCUUCGUUUGAUCGUCCUUUCAGAGAUAGAUCAUCAGAGAGAGCGAUUAAAAGAAAGAGAAAGAGAAGGCACACAUGGGGAGGGGGAAGAUCGCGAUUCGUAGGAUCGAUAACUCAACAAGCAGGCAAGUGACCUUCUCAAAGAGGAGGAAAGGGUUACUCAAGAAAGCAAAGGAGUUGGCGAUUCUUUGCGAUGCGGAGGUCGGGCUUGUGAUCUUCUCAAGCACAGGGAAGCUCUACGAGUUUGCAAGCACCAGCAUGAAAUCAAUCAUCCAAAGAUACAACACAUCGAAAGAGGAGCAUCAGCAGAUCGUAAAUCCACUUUCAGAGGCCAAGUUUUGGCAACGAGAGGCAGCAAUCUUAAGGGAACAACUAGAGAUCUUGCGAGAAAACCAUCGGCAGUUGAUGGGGCAGCAAAUUACCGGUCUUGGAGUGAAGGACCUACAGAACUUAGAGAGCCAAUUGGAAAUGAGCCUGCGCGGUGUGCGAAUGAAAAAGGAACAAAUUUUAACGAAUGAAAUUCAAGAGCUCAACAGGAAGGGAACAAUUAUUCAUCAGGAAAAUGUGGAACUGUACAAGAAGGUGAACCUCAUCCGUCAGGAGAACAUCGAACUGUACAGAAAGCUCUGUAGCACAAUGGACAAUAGCUCGGCCAAUGGAAGUACCUUUGUUCCAUACGGUUUAAAUGCUAGAGAAGAACCGCAUAUCCCCAUACAUUUGCAGCUAAGCCAGCCAGAACAUCAAGAUUAGAAUACUGAGAGAGCCGAGAAGUGCUUCUCUUUGCCGGCUUGUGGAAUAAUGAAGACAACUAUGACUAUGUUCUUCUGCUUCUCUUGGUCUGCGUCGGGAAGUUGCAACAGACACCUAACAGAAUGCGGAGAAGAAACGCAAGCUCAGUGAUUAUUGAAGGUAACAUCUUAAGAUAUAGGAUAAAGCAUCAAUCAAGAACCGAAAAAUGAUGAUGUCAAGAAACAUAAAUGAUCUCAAAGUUUUGGAGCAAGACGACCGACUGUAAAAGUUCUGUCAUCUGUAAACAAUUUGGAAAUAAAAUAACAUUUGGCAACUUUGACAUGCCUUCA